AUCGCCUAAGACAUGACUAAACAGUUAUCUUGACAGCUAAGUUAACAGACAGAAAAUAGCUCCUCCAUGGAGCGUUGACAGUUCGACAGCUCUCCUAUGAAAUGUCCAGACCGAAGGAACGUGACGAGCAAGAGGCCCUGAAAUUAGAUGAAUCCUUUAAAGAGACUCUGUCACGCAUCAGACCUCACCUCUUGGCAUUGAAUUCACCAGAAAAUGCUCAGCUUUGUAGAGCCUGGCUCGACAAACUCAGUCACUCAUCGAGUCAACGAGUCCUCAGGAACGAAUACCUCGUGGAACUCUAUCGACAGCUGCAGUCAGGACAUCUUGGAGGAAUAUUCAUCGAUCCACCAGUCAACGGUCCGCUGUCAUCUCUUUCGACAAGUUAUCAUCCAGUUAACCUAAGCUCUUCUCAGAGUGACUUGUCAGAGGUUAGCUCUUCAACUUGUCAUAAGUGGAAGAGACCCAGUAAUUUUAAAGCAUCCCGAGGGUAUUCCAGGAGUAAAACUCCUUCGAGGCCACUGGAAUCCGACUCCAGCAGUUCGGUUCACUGCGUCCAUGGUGUCAGGAUCUCUUCGCAGAUGUUGGCCUACGAGGAAGGACAGUGCUCCGAGAAGAACAAACCGAAGACUUAUAAGCAGCGAAUAGAGACUUUGUCGAUGAUCAUUAAGGAGCUGCAAAUGGAGAACGAGAAACUGAGACAGGAUCUCUCGAGGUGCCAGGAGAAGUGCAUCUCAGGAAGGGCUCUGGAAAUGCAGGAGAACAUCGAUGAGCUCAAUGCCGAAGUCGCCAGGCUGAAAGCUAAGUUAGUUUCUUCGAUGUUAAUUUCAUCGAUACCGGAGGAAGUAACUCAUUGUCGCAGGUCUUACUUAUGUGUAUGUUUUUUUCGAGGAGAUGAUGCAAAAUAUAUUUCACAGUUUUUUCACAGGCUAGCCGAUACACAGCAGAUGAACAGUUUGACCGAAGCGAAUCACAGAGAGGUUAUACAGCGAUACAAGACUGCUGUGACGGAGCAGUUCAAGAAACUUAAGACUCGGCUCCAAGAAGCACAGAGCAGAAAUAUAACUCUAGACAACACAGUGUUGACGAUCACUCAACAGCUUGAAGAAAUGAUACGUGUUAGGGAGAUUGAAGCCAACACCAUUGAGAAAGAGUGGAAGCAAAAUUUGGAUAGUGUACAGAAACACUACGAAGAGUUGCUAGAAGAAAAAGAGAGAGAACUGCGUGACAUGAGUGAAAUAAUUAACUCAAAGGACAACGAACAGGCCCAGAAGGACUCGACACAAAAAGAAGAGAUCGAUAUCCUCAUCGGCAAGAUUCAAGAUUUGGAGAAAAGGCUGGGAAAGAAGAUCGAAGACGAAAGCAGACUGCAGGUUGUGGUAACGGAGCAGUGUACAGCAAUGAAGGAAGAGUUCGGUAAGAUGAGGACUGACAUGGAAUUGGCCAUGCAGCGGCAGAACCAGAGCUUGGUGAAUAAGAAUACUUUGCUGAAGAGGGGCAUCCUCAAACUGGAGAAGUCCAGGGAGAAGCUGAGGCAGGAGUACGAGAAGAAGAUCUUUCGUAUUCUCAAGGACAAGGAACUCGAGAUCGAGACUCUACAGCUUCGUCUUCAGGGGCAACGUAGCGAGCUGUCGACGUCCCUCAGUUCUGAAAAACAGUGCGAACUGGAUAGCAUGGUUGGCUCCCUCGAAGACAGAUACAAAGCUCUCUUCGCAGCAGUGGGUGCUGCUGCGAACAGUCAGCGAGAGACAUAUCUUAAGAAAAUAAGCGUACUAGAGGGUCAGCUGACAUGUCUGAAGCAGUGCAUCGUCGAGGGAGAAACCUCAUAGAAUCCUUUGGUCCAGUAUUGUAUACAAUAUCAAGAGACAUUCCCUUAUAAAUAAAACGACAAAAAAUUACCACGAAUUUACAGUUUAUUUCAGAACUUCCGAGUGCUAGGAUCAAGCCUUUACUUUUCCGAGAAAGGUCGAGGAAGAGUUGCAAUUUUCAUUCGAUCCAUGAAGGAGAAAGCAAGAAAAGAGGAAAAAAGACAACACCCCUCCCUUCAUCGGCCGAGGGUGGUGACCGUCAAUGGACGCGUCGAGGUCAUUAUCCCUCGACUCGCAUCCUCCGUGUCAGCGUAAUAUCGACCCUGACAAAGCUCGAGGUUGAUUCGCGAUAGUUCCCAUAGAAACCAGCGA